AUUUUGUGCUUGUAACUGCUGAGCAAUCAUUAUUUGCUUGCAUUAAUUUAUAAAUGAGAUCUAAUAAACAUGGAAGACAAAGGUGACUAAGAUUUGAUUUGGCUAUGUUUUAAAUCAAAAGGAGACAUUGAGAGAUGGGGGUGUAGUGCCCAGUUGAAUGUGAAUAACUCUUCAAUAUUGCUGAGGAACAUGUAUCAUACUGACUGAAAAUUAUUCAUAUUUUCAGGAUAUUAUACCUUUGCUUAGUUUCCUUAAAUUCUAGGAAGGUUAGAGAAAGUUUUGCCACACAUCUAGUUCGUGUCAGAGUGCAGUGCACUUUGUUUCAUCAUAGACAACACUUUGGUGGCUGACGAGAUUACUCAUUUUUUCCACCACAAGCGGCUGGGGUCGGAAUGGGCAAAUGGCUCUGAAGCUCAGCAUGAGCGUAGCUUAUGACUGCAUGAAAUGGAGCUUUUUCAAAGCUGCGCUACUCCAGUUUGAGUUUGCGAAAAAUUGAGCCUUAACCAUUAAUGUGGAAAGUAGAGCAUUCAUGCCAUGGCGAACUGCCCAGACAGUCAAUCCUCGUCUUAUAUAUCAUGGAAAAUGGAUAAUGAUAAAGGGCGCGAGGCGCCAAUAGGUAUAGUUAAUUUCUGACGGAAAGCUUGUAUAGUUGUAUUUAAGACCGUGCAACUGAUGUUUCUUAAUUAAAGAGACAAUUUUUUGCAUGCUAGAUCGAUAUUGCAGGCAUCAUAUAUCAGAAAGGCCAUUGCAACAGCCAGCAGCCACCAUGGGCAAUGGGAACAAAACUGGAUUACACAUAUAGUACCUUGCUCAUCGCCACCAGCCAACUGAAACCCAUUACCUUCUUCUCGGCUGCCAUGUAUUUGAUCGAUGAAGUAGAUUUAACGUCUCUCUCUCUCUCUCUCUCGACUAGCUAGGUACAUAUAUGAGAGAGAAGAAUAGGUACGUAAUGGUAGUGUUUCCUUUUAAAAAGUACAGUGGUUUUUAGUUCACUUCUAUGACAUGUUUUAGUGUGUCGAAAUUAGAAAUAUUGUUUCAUUAGAUACUGUUGUUGAUGCAGAAUAUAAUCAAAUAAGGAAAGUACUUUAUUUAGGGUUUUAUUAGGAAUCAUUAUAUUAGUUAUUUAAUUUAGCCUAUUGUUAGUAGGAAUUAGCUAUUCCUAUUGUUCUAGAAUUAUUUAGUCUCUAUAAGUAGAGGUAUUUCAGGUUGAUGAUUGAAUAAAAAUCCUUGCUCGAGUCUUGGAUCUCGAUCUCUGAUCUCUUUUCUCUAAUUGUCCUUUCUGUCACCCCAAUCCAUCGGUUUUUCAUCCCUAUUCUUCUGUUUCUCUGUAAACCGUAAUUUUUCCUUUUUAGUAGAUAAAUUGAAGAGUCACGAUGGUGACAAGCAGCAAGAGUUCAGGCCUAUUAAAGUUAGUGGAGGAGAUGUUAUUGACGAAGAAAACAGAGGAAGAGAAAAAGCUAGCACAGAUUUCAUACAUCCCCAAGGACUGUAUCUCACAUCCUUGCACGACUUCCUGUUGACUCUAUUCAAAGGUCAAGGAAUCUAAGGAGACACAAGUGCGAGAAAAUGGAAGGGCAUCUACCCUACAAAAGAAGGGAAACACUGUUCCAGUUGAAUCAAAGCUUCUUGACCCAAACAGUAUCCCCAUGUUUGGUCACCCAGCCUUAAAUUCUCCAAAGAAUUGUGUCAAGUUUCUGGAAUUUAAAAAUGGUAAGAGUGGCAUAGGAGAGUACAGCUUAAGCUGCUGGGCUAGUGACAUCAAAGCCACCUGCAAUGGUCUAAUAUUGCUUGACAACAAUUUGAAGAAGGGAGGAGUAAUAGUCUUGAAUCCUGUGACUAAGAAGGUGAUUGCACUUCCUGUGGGUACCUUGUGUAACCAUCCACAUGAAGAAUCAUAUGGAUUUGCAAUGAGUGAUGUAACUGGAGAGUAUAAAGUAGUCCACUUGGUUUUGGAUCAGUUGGGGUUUGCUUGCUGUGAGAUAUUUAGCCUCUAUAAAAAAACAUGGCGAGACGUCAAUGGUCCUUCAAUCGAGCUCGUUGAUAAUGGAGGGUUUGGACAUGUACCUGUUUCAGCAAUCGGAGCUUUGCACUGGCCUUUUUAUCGGAGCGAUUACGUAGUGUCCAUGGAAGUUGAUGAGGAGAAGUUUCACCAUAUAGAGCUCCCCAAAAGUUGCACAACUCAUGAUAGGAUUAUUGAAAUUUGUGGCUGUUUAGGUUUUGUCACUCAUGAGGACAUGAACCACAUUGACAUUUGGAUCUUGACGAGUUUAUGUGGGGAAGAGUGGACAAAGAAUCAUACCAUCACAGUGGAAACCACAAGAGACAUGGUUCCCCUUUGCAGUUUAAGAUUCAAGGGUGAUAUUAUUUUCCAUACAAGCGACGGCUCUUUCUAUGCUUAUGACUUCCAACAGCAACAGAUGACAGAGAUUAUUGGUAAGAUUAAUAGACUACCAUGGUGCCUGCCUCAUGUCAAUAGCCUUGUUACUUGGGAUGCAAGAGAGUGAGGACAUGUUCGACUGACAUGCAGCAUAUGCUUGAAUUUCUAUUUAGUUUUAUAUAUGCUCCAUCGGGAGUGGGACUCUUGAAUUUUCUGCUCUUAAAUUUAUUGCUAUAUGUAUAACUUCUCGUAUAUAAUUAAGCUUGAAUCGCUCUUUCUA